AGUUUAAAUUUUUUUUCCAACAAUUAAGUGAAGCGAUUUAAUUUCAAUUUAUCGACGUGAAAUCCUGUUUACAUUCAUUGCUGCCUUGGCAACAAGUCAACAGUUUCAUUCAUUCGUAUCGUGCAAGUCGUUUGAAAUCAACCAAAUCUAACGUUGAAUUAAGGAAUUUUUUAUUGAAAUAUUCUUGACAUUUCGUGGAAGGAUACGAUCCUAUUGUAAUGCUGAUCUAAAUCCCAUUCUCUUUCCACCUACCCGCUAUGCAAAGAUGAUCCGAUGAUGGCUUCGCGGGAAGGAUUAUGCUCUAUGUCACCGGAAUCAACAAGUUAACCACAGAACUCUGCGAACUUCUUCCUCCGCUCAGCCACAUCGGCCAUGUCCGAUUCGGACGGGGAGGGUAUCGACGUGGAAAAACAGGUGAAGAUCGUGAUUUUGGGCGAGACGAACGUCGGAAAGACCAGUCUGAUCAAGAGGUACUGUUUCGACGAAUUCUCGAGAUAUUACAACCAGACGGUGGGUGCAGAUUUCUAUCUGAGGAGGUUGGCUUUACCAGGAAGGCAUGAAGUGACUGUCAGAAUAUCGGAUAUUGGAGGGUUUGAGUUUAAGGGGUCUAUGCUGCCAAACUAUCUCUUCAACACUGAUAUCAUAAUUUUGAUGUACGACAUUACGAAUUCUGUGAGUUUCGAAUAUCUGUUGGUCUGGCUCAACGAGGUGGAUAAAAUUGUGAAGAAGAGGCCUUUAGUUGCUGUCGUAGGAAGUAAAUGCGAUGUGGAGCACCACAGAAACGUGAAACCAGCUGAAGUUAAGCGGUUCGUUGAAAAUCAAAAUAUGCUCAGUUUCUUGGUAUCGUCAAAAACUGGGGAGGGGGUGAAUAAUUGCUUUUUGGAACUGGUAGCUGGUCAUUUGGGCAUACCACUUACUGACAAAGAUAAAGAACAGCAACAAUCCAUAGUGAAAGCCGAAAUAAUGCCUCCCUCUGCAAGGGUACCCAUGAAACCACAGAAAACUGGAUCCACAAGCCAGAACAGCUCAUCGUCUGUGUGUUGUAUGCAAUAAAACGCAGAAACUACUUAUAUGUGCCUUUUUAUUCGAAAUAAAAUGUAAUUUGCA